AUGACGUGUACAUUGUGUGGUAUCCUUGGUCUGCUCCUCCACGACCCCCUCUCGACACAGACGUGUCAGGCGGGUACGGAAAUCGCCGAGGGCCUUUCGCUUCUCCAGCACCGUGGCCAGGAUGCGGCGGGUAUCGUCACCUGUGGUUCGGGCGGUCGCUUCUACCAGGUCAAGGCCAACGGCAUGGUCCGCGACGUCUUUGACGCGCAGGGCAUUGCUGGCCUCAAGGGCUACAUGGGCGUCGGUCACGUCCGUUACCCUACUGCGGGGUCCUCUGCUCAUGCCGAGGCGCAGCCCUUCUACGUGAACUCGCCGUACGGUAUCACCUUUGCGCACAACGGUAACCUCAUCAACACCCCUGCCCUGCGCCAGUUCCUUGACGCCGACGCCCACCGUCACAUUAACACCGACUCGGACUCGGAGUGUCUUUUGAACGUUUUGGCCGACAACCUCCAGAAGACCGGCAAGUUCCGUAUCAACGAGGAGGACACCUUCAAGGCUGUUGGCGACCUCAUGGCCGCUUGCAAGGGUGCCUACGCUUGCGUUGGCAUGCUCGCCGGUUUUGGUCUGAUUGCGUUCCGUGACCCCAACGGUAUCCGGCCUGUUGGUCUUGCCACCCGUAAGGGUGCCCGUGGUGGUAUCGACUACCUUGUCUCCAGCGAGAGCAUCUCGGCUCAGGCCCUUGGCUUUGACGGCUGGGAGGACAUCAAGGCCGGUGAGGCCAUUAUUAUCACCCGCGAGGGUGGCCUCUCGCGCCGUGUUGUCGCCGAGCCCGCUCCCUUUGCUCCUGACAUUUUCGAGUAUGUCUACUUUGCCCGUCCCGACUCGACCAUCGACGGCAUCAGUGUCUACCGUGCCCGUAUGGCCAUGGGAGACGCCCUCGCCGAGGAGAUCAAGCGCGAGCUCGCAAAGACCAACAUCGAGGUCGAUGUGGUCAUCCCUGUCCCUGACACUUCGCGUGUCGCUGCCCUUCAGUGUGCCCAGCACCUUGGCAUCCCUUACCGUGAGGGCUUUGUCAAGAACCGCUAUGUCGGUCGCACCUUCAUCAUGCCCGGCCAGAGCGAGCGUCGCAAGAAUGUGCGUCGUAAGCUGAACGCCAUGCCCAUGGAGUUUGCGGACAAGACUGUCCUCCUCGUCGACGACUCGAUCGUCCGUGGCACCACCUCCAAGGAGAUUGUGCAGAUGGCCCGUGACGUCGGUGCCAAGCGCGUCAUCUUUGCGUCGUGCGCUCCCCCUAUUCGUUACUCGAACGUCUACGGCAUUGACAUGCCGUCGCCCCACGAGCUUGUCGCCUACGGCCGUACCACCGAGGAGGUUGCGGAGCACAUUGGUGCCGACCUGGUCAUCUACCAGACUCUGCCCGACCUCGUCGAGUCGUGCCGUCAGUUCAACCCCGAGAUUAAGGAGUUCGACUGCUCGGUCUUCACUGGCGAGUACGUCACUGGUGGCGUUGACGAGCGCUACCUCGAGCACAUUCAGCGCCUCCGCAACGACAAUGCCAAGGCCAAGAAGAAUGGCCAGAAGCAUGACGCUGAGCACGAGGCCACCAACCCGGUGUCGUGCUCGGGCCCCAUGAACGGUGCCGACUCGCUUAUCGGUCUGCCCAACCACUCGCCUAAGCUCGGUCCCCAGGCUAUGGCUUCCCCCAACGACACUGUCGGCCUGCACAACUCGUGGUACGGCCAGUAA